UUGCGGCAGUCUUGAGGGUAUCAUUUUGCCACCCUAAUUUUUGGGAUGUGGUGUGACUGCGACACUGCUGCGGGAGCAGACACUGUUAGUUUAUUUGUCGAGUCGUCACACGGGGUUGUCUGUGUUACAGGCAGCCUCAGAUCCCAGCGCUGAUCUCGGUCGUAACAUGUUUCGUCAUCCAAUCCCGAGCCAAUAGCGCGUAUGGCGCGGGAGCGACCGGCGUGGCUGACGCGGCGCGCGGUGGGCGCCUUGGUGCUGGCGGCGGUGCUGGCGGGCGCGGCGGUGGCGCUGUGGGCGCGCGACCGGCGCGACGGCGAGGGGCUGCAGCGCGCGCUGGCGGCGCAGCAGCGCUUCCAGCAGCUGCUGCUCUCGCGCCUCGACGACCACGUGGCGUCAGUGCAUCCGGCGGUGGCAGCGCUCUCGGACAGCGUGGCGCCGCGCGCCGCACACGCGGGCGCGGUGGUGGUGCGCGCGGGGCACCGGGGGGCGGCGCAGCUGUGCGCGUACAGCGAAGAGGAGGUGGCGGCGGCGCUGCAACACGCGCACCACUGCGGCAUGGGCGAGGCGCGGUACUUCCUGGGGGGCGUGUGGAUGGACUGGGGGCUGCUGGAGCGCGAGGUGUCGCGCGACAAUGACGCGGGCCGCGUGUCGUGCGUGCUGGCGUGCUCCGUGCGGCGCGACCUGCAGUGCCAGCCGCACAUGCCGUGCGUGCACGCCUUCUGGCUGCGCCACCUCAAGGAAGACACGGCGGCGCUGCAUGUGUUCUACGAGAAGGACGCCUCGCUGCCCGUGCUGCGCGCCGACCCCUCGCUGCUCGCCAUCCUUGACGCCGGCGCCGGCGUCGGCGUGCUCUCCGUGCUGCUGGCCGCCAUGAACCCGCAGGCGACGGUGGUGGCGGUGGAGGCAGGCGGCAGCAGCUUCUGCGCGCUGCAGCGCAACACGGCAGCGCUGUCUAAUGUGGUGGCCGUGAGGGGCGGGCUGUGGCCCUACGAGACCACUCUGCACGUGGGGGCGCUGGAUGGCCGCCUCACCCCUGCGCACUCCAUCAACGCCCAGGCUGCGGAGGGCAGCUGGGCGCAUUCGAACGUGGUGCUGGGGCUGUCGGGUCCCUUUCUGCUGCGCUUCCUGGCGCUGCCGCGCUUUGACCUCGUGCGCAUCAGCACGCGCGGCAACGAGGACCCGCUCUUCCACCCGCCGUCCGCGCACGACGCACACUGGCUGCUGACGGGUCCGCGCACCGCCAUCUUUGACUCGCACCCGGGCCUCUUCCCCGCCGCCUCCCCGCCCGGCCCCACCAGCUACGACCGCGGCAGCAUCCCAGCCACGUUCCUCGCGCAGCACGGCGGCUUCGAGCAGGUGCCCGAGACCAAGGGGUCGGGCUUCAUCGUGCUGCGCCGCGCCCAGGGGGCGGUGGGCAGUGGCACGCUCGAUGGAGUGGGCUCCCUGAAUUUGUCUAGUGCAUUAGCAGCACCAGGGGGCGAAUCAGCAAUGCUGGCAGGUACAGCGGCACUGGGAAGGAGCUGACCAGUAGUUCCAAGCCAUCCUGUUUAUCCACGGCAGCCAAGAAAGUGAAGUGAAGUGAGCCCCCCAAGCAGAAAGAAAGCAAUUGCUGAAGGCUGAACCUCUCCACCACAUGUGUUGUAUGUUGAGACUAGAAAGGUGAGACUAGAAAGAAAAAGUAGAAGGGAGAACAGGGGAGAUAUAGCAUCUGGGUUGUACCCACUAAGAACAUACCCUAUCUAGCCUAUAACUUCUACAUAACAAUAUAUGUAUAAGGUGACACACCCCCUAGGCUAGAUAAGGGGU